AUCUAAUAAUCAACGGCAGCACACUAUUGUAAAAUUAACAGAAAGAGAAAGUCUCGAUAUUGGGAAACAAGUUUCAAGCUUAUACAUCCACUGUUUUGCUUUGGAAAAAGCUGUCUUUUGGGUUUGAAAUCUCGCAGAAACUGUGAUGGGCGAUGAGAAAUCGACAAUCCUGAUGGCCAGUAGAGAGAGGGAGAGAGAAAGAGAUCGAGAGUUACUAAUUCCGGUGGCUGAUUCCGGUGACGAAGUCGGAUCCUCUAAACCUUCCUCUUCUUCUCCGCGUCAUACCGGUCGCGAGACUUUUUACAAAGUUGUUAGGAGCUGGGCUUCAAAGAAGUUCAUGACAGGAUGUGUCAUCCUAUUUCCAAUAGCGAUUACUUUCUAUGUAACCUGGUGGUUUAUUCACUUUGUGGAUGGCUUUUUCUCUCCAAUCUAUGUCCAACUAGGAAUUGAUAUAUUUGGUCUUGGGUUUAUAACUUCUGUGACAUUCAUUUUCUUGAUUGGGGUGUUCAUGUCAUCAUGGUUGGGAGCAUCUGUCUUGAGUCUUGGUGAGUGGUUUAUCAAAAGGAUGCCAUUUGUUCGUCAUAUCUACAAUGCUUCAAAGCAAAUUAGUGCUGCCAUAUCACCAGAUCAAAACACGCAGGCAUUUAAGGAAGUGGCAAUCAUAAGGCAUCCACGUAUUGGUGAAUAUGCAUUUGGGUUCAUCACUUCCUCUGUGGUUCUUCAGAACUAUUCUGGAGAGGAGGAGCUAUGUUGUGUCUAUGUUCCCACGAACCAUCUUUACAUUGGUGAUAUAUUCCUCAUUAAUACCAAGGAUGUGAUCAGACCAAAUCUAUCAGUUCGGGAAGGAAUUGAAAUUGUUGUUUCUGGCGGCAUGUCAAUGCCCCAGAUCUUGUCAAGUCUGGAAACUUGUAUGCCACCGGAUAGAAGUAGAUCUAACAGAAGCUGAGAUUGAAGAGAUUAGCUGUAUAGGUAUUUAUUUAUUUAUUUUUUUUACUUUGGUUGGUUUGAAUCGUAUCAUCAGAAUGGGCGGUUGGUCAGAUACGUUGUAAAUGCAGGAUAUCUAGUUUAUGUUUUAUUUAUUUUGGGGCAUGUAUUAAGAUUAUGAUAGCAUUGGUAACAUAGAAUGUAGAAUUUAGUGUUUUGUUUGGAAAUAUAAUUUUGUCGAUGAAUACAAGCACGUGUUUGGCCUUUGGUUUGUAAUCUUUUCACAAAAUUUAAGAGUUGUAGUGAACUGUUUUAUUAUCACAAUACUGGAGGUUGCACUCCAGCAGCAGGACC